AUGUCAUCACACGACACGCUUGGCGCCCCGGCGGAGGAUGUCGAGAUCCCAUUCAGUAUUCUCGAUACGGAUCUGUACAAGUUCACGAUGCAGUAUGCUGUCCUUCAGCAUAUGCCAGAUGCCCAUGUCGUCAUACGCUUCACCAACCGAUCUCCUGAGAUGCUAUUCAGCCGUACGACAUUCAAUUGGGCGCAGGAAAGGGUGAAUAGACUUUCCACCCUGCGCCUGAGAUCAUCUGAACGAUCAGCUUUCGCCAAUGCCUGUCCUUACUUCCCGGACUCAUACCUUGACUACUUGUCUCGUAUAUCUCUCGACCCAGAACAUCAAGUCAAAAUGCAGUUUCAUCCCAAAAGUGAAAAUGGAAGUGGGGAGAUCAGUAUUCAGAUCGAAGGCCCGUGGAGAGAUUGCAUAUUAUACGAGGUUCCCAUCAUGUCCAUUUUGAGCGAAGGAUACUUUAAAUUCGAUGACACAGAUUGGAAUAUGGACGAUCAACGAGAGCAAGCCAGACGGAAAGCCCUUGACCUCUUGUCUCCUCCAGGGGGAGUGACACCGCUCGUGUUUUCAGAAUUCGGGACACGGCGCCGGAGGAGCUUUCAUGCUCAGGAUAUUGUCAUGAGAGGGUUGAUGGAUGGUUACGAAGAGUGGCAGAAGGGGGGAGGGAAGGGUGGAGCCCUUGCAGGGACAAGCAACGUUUAUUUUGCCUUGAAAUACGGUCUGAAGCCUGCUGGAACGAUCGCACACGAAUGGAUCAUGGCGAUUGGAGCGCUGUACGGGUACAAAGGAUCCAAUGGUCGAGCUAUGGACAUGUGGGAGCAAGUGUACGCAGCACAUGCUACUCCACCACCAUUGACCAUGCUCACCGAUACCUUUACGGCCAGAGCCUUUUUCGUCGACUUUACGUCUAAUCCUGAACGCGCAAUGAGAUGGGGGACUCUACGACAGGACUCAGGCAACCCAAGGACGUUUGUCAGUCUCGCCAGGGAUGCUUGGAAGGAGGUGGAAUCAAGAGCUGGCUCAAAGAGGGAGGAUGGACGGAUAGCAGUUGGCAAAAGGAUCAUCUUCAGUGAUGGGUUGGACGUGGACAAGGCUAUAGAGCUUCAGAAGCUAUGUGAUGAAUUAGAUAUGGGUGCCUCCUUUGGGAUUGGGACGUUUUUGACAAACGAUUUCCGCAAGGCGUCCAAUCCAUCUCAAAUCUCAAAACCGCUCAACAUGGUGAUCAAACUGAGUCAGAUUGACGGAAAGGAUUGCGUCAAGCUCUCGGACGACAAGGGCAAGUAUACCGGCAAUUUAGACGAGGUGAAAAGGGUACAGCGAGAGCUCAAUCUCCCUCACGAUCACGAGGAGAAACAGAGGGGAUGA